GCCAUGGCUGACGAAGAGGAGGACGCGCCGUUUGAGGAGGACGCGGAGGAGGCCGGCGGGGGCCUGGACGGCGGGCAAGGCAAGAGGAAGAGGCUGUUCUCCAAAGAACUAAGGUGCAUGAUGUAUGGAUUCGGGGAUGACCAGAACCCUUACACAGAAUCAGUGGACAUUCUUGAGGACCUGGUAAUAGAGUUUAUCACAGAAAUGACGCACAAGGCCAUGUCAAUUGGGCGGCAGGGUCGCGUACAGGUCGAGGACAUUGUCUUUCUCAUUCGCAAGGACCCGCGGAAGUUUGCCAGAGUUAAAGACCUCCUAACUAUGAAUGAAGAACUGAAACGAGCCAGAAAGGCCUUUGAUGAAGCUAACUACGGAUCUUGAUUCUGUGUGUGGGCUGCAUUGGGGCAUUACGUGGGCACCUGCCCAAAAGGAAGGAACAUCACGCAUGUUGUUUGGAGGCAUUAUUCAGGACAGAGGUCACUGCUGGGCUGUCUGCCCUCACUCCCCGCCUUUUCUGAAAAGUAUUCAAGCAGCUGAAUGUUAUCUGAUUGUAUGUGGUAUACUUAUGUAUUUUUAUACCAUUUUAUGAAAUGAGAAAAGAGCUCUAAAGAUUCUUGUAAUGGCAGGAAGUCUGUUUGAAGUAGAACUAUGUUGAAUCAGACAUCUAGAGGGCUAAUGAUGGGUGAUUCUCACUGUGACAGGAAACCUAGAAAAUGGAUCUUGGUUAACUGGACAAAGUCUCUAAGGCCAAACUACUAUAGAAGUUCUGGUCUUUGCUCUGUAUAUGUUCUUUGAAUAAAAUGUUUUAAGUUUGUGCCCACUC